AUGGCAGACGCCAAGGCAAAGGCCGAGGCCCUCAUCCCAAAAUUCAAGCUUGAUCGCGUCCUCAACCAAGACCAAGCAGGCCGCCGCACCUCCCUCCUAGGAACUAUCGACUCCAACCCAGCCCUCCUGAUCCUCGAACGCGCCCCCUUCCCAACCGACCCCUCCUACCUAGCCGCAACCCCAACAACCCUCUCCUCCAUUACGAACCUAGGCGCAAACGAUAUCUACCACUGGUACCUCGCCAACAGCGGCACCUCCCCUUCCUCUUCCGACACCUCCCUCGCCGACCUCAAGAUAAACCUUAUCUACCCCUGCACCGCCACCCACAUCAAGAAAUACAGCAAACAAGGCGUCCGCUUCGUCACAGAGACACCAGAGCUCUACGCCUCCCACAUCCGCCCUUACAUGCAACGCAAGCGCGGCGACGGCCGGCUAGACUGGGUCUUCAACAUCAUCGAGGGCCGCACCGAAGUCGAAGACGUAAUCUACCGCACCGAGCUCGGCACCCAGGGCGACGAGGGGUUCUUGCUCAUCCCGGACCUCAACUGGGACCGCAAGACGAUCGAGGGCCUGCACCUGUUGGCUCUCGUCGAGCGCCGCGAUAUCUGGUCCCUGCGCGACCUCCGCAAGAGGCACAUCCCCUGGCUGCAGCACAUGAAGGCCAAGCUACUGGCUGCGACGGUGAAGCAGUACCCCGAUAUCGAAAUCGACCAGCUCAAGCUCUACGUCCACUACCAGCCGACGUACUACCACUUCCACAUUCACAUUGUGCACGUGCAGCUGGAGGCAGGCGCGACGCAGGCGGUCGGCAAGGCGGUAUUGCACUAA